AACCGCUUUUGGUUUUACGUAAUACGGCUGCUAUUAUAAGCUUGUACCACGUAAUUCCCCUUGAUAGCUCUUAACGAGAGGGAGUUAUACGGGUGACAAUGCAAUAUUGGCCCGUAGUUGCUACUAGGCGUAGCACGCUGGACAGACAAUGUCACCGGUGUUCUCAAUUUGAGUAAAAUUUGAAGAAGUUAGUGUCACAGUGUCCAAGAUUCAUAUAAGAGACUGUCAUCAGGACCAUUCCUUGAAGUCGGUGUUUUUAAUUCGAGACAGGAGGAGUAACUAAUUCGAGACAGGAGGAGUAACCGCUUUGUCUCCGGUUCAAUUGGAAAGUGAAUUGCGAGUGUUAGGAAGAUGGGGGCAAACGGACGUAAAGGCGUAUACCACACAAGGUGAAAGGUCGAAGUUCAGCUUCUCAAGGCCAACUUUCAAGUUCAACUUCAGAAGUUAAAAUCAACUACCGGAGUAUCUGCUGGAUGAACCAUGGAUCUUCUAAACAAACCAUCACCAUGGCGCUGGCAGAACCCUGGGGAGACACCAACAGCAAGACCGAGCCAGACCCCAACACACAAACCGACGGGGACGGUGAGGGUCUGACCUUAACGUCAACCAACACCGAGGGCACCGAGACGCACACGGAUGUAGUGAUCGCACCGGACAUGACAGGGAUGGACAUCACCGUCUGGGGCCUCUGGUGGCCCGUACACCGAUACGGCUUCGGCACGCUGUUCUUCAUGCUCUGCGUGUACGCGCUGUACGCGACCGUCAUGCGCAUCUUCAAGAACCGAGCCGUCGGGGGCGGGAUGCGAUCUCGAAAAUCAGUCCAACCAGUCUUCACCUGCAUCAAUAUCUUGGUGUUCCUCCUGGGGCUGAGCAACACCCUGAUGCUCUUCAUAGACCCAUACCUCUUCCUCCGUAAGUUUCCACUUUUGCUGGGAGUCAUCUUGAUCAAUAUGCCGUACCCGUGUAUGACGUCAGCGUUCGCCUUGGUCAACUGGGUCCUGAUUUCCAUCUCCCAAAUGCGCAUGACGAGGACGUCUCGACUGCGCAGCGUCUGGUUCCUGACCGGCAUCAUCAUCCUGCACUUCUUGUUCAUCAUCGGCGCCAGUCUAAUCUUGGUCUUCAUCUUUCCAGUCUUGAUCAUAGGCAUCAUAUGUCAUGGUUUCUUUGUCCUUUGGGGAGUGGUGCUUUCUCUGACCUACAUCUAUAGCGCUUGGAAGAUUAUGAGCACGGAGAAAAACAAUCGUAAGACGCUCUACGAUAUCUCUGUUCGAGAUGGGAGCACUGUUGACGGCAGCAUAAAAACAAAUGCCGGCUCUAAAAUCUCCCGAACGAUUCCCAAAAGACUUUCAUCGAUAUUCUCAAGAAAUUCCAAGGGUCCCUCCAUCAAUGAUACCCCUGUCUUCUCGAUUGGUCAGAAUGGAAACAUUCAUCAACCCGUUACCCCCAUGCCGUCAUCCAUUCUUGAAAGUGAAUUUGAAUCCAAAUUUACCACAAUUGAUGGCGUAAGUGACGACAUUUCUGACCCAUCCACUCAAGAAAAGAUUGGAGAGCAGGAUGAGAACAAGACUGAAACUUCACUUGACAAAGACAAAGACCAGUCCGGCACUUUAACGAAGACAGAGUCUUCCCCAAACGGCGGACUCAAGAAAGGCAACGCCACUGGUAACGAUGUGUCCAAAUCUUCGAACGCGAGACAGACGCGUGGCAAUUUCAGCAAGAGUGCGCCCUCGGCAUCUGGGAAAAAAGGUGGGAAAUUUGACAAGCAAUCUGGAGCCAAGAUGUCCGGUACCGGCCGGCCGCAGAAGUCUACACAAAAGGUGUUUCGCAUUUCAGCCAUCACUGCCGCGUUAGGCAUUGCCGCAUCAGGGUUGGGUCUGUACGGCAUUCUAGGCUUGAUGAUAGCCAGUGCAGCUGACCAACCGACGGAGUGGGGCUGGUAUGUGUUCCAGACGUGCUUCAGGUUUGUUGAGCUAGGUAUGGGGUGCACCAUGGCAUACUUCACAACUCAGCCCUUUCCCCGUCGACGGCAACGAUAGAUGGACUCGACUCUAUCUACAACACGAUGGAUGGCAUCAGAUACUUGUACUUUAUAAUGAGAUCAUUAGGCCCAUUGUUUUGGAUGUUUAGACCAUUGUCUUAAAUUAUUUGUUCAAGAAUUAGGCAACGAAUUUGUCUGUCAAUUCGUACUCGAUCAUGAAGACUGCCGGAUAGAGGCAACGAAUCAGUCAAUACUUGUCAGUGUUAUGCAUGUUUAUCUGUGUCAUGGAUAAUUGGCUAAGCUGUAGCAGCGGUUGCAUAGGCUACCCAAAAAGUAGCAAAAAUCCGCAAUCGAUCAAAGCAUGCAUGCAGCUGACGUGGCAACCACAGCAUCAGCAGCAGAGGCAGCCGCAGUUGAGCAGCAGCAAAAAAAAAAGUAAUAUAUGUAGAAGCAGGCAGUAGCGACAGCAGUAUUUUCACCCAUCAAACACGUCAGCAGUAACAUCAGUAGAAGCUUACCUAUGCACAAGCGCAGUAGCAGCAGCGGACGGCACCUGUAGCAUGCAGUUGAAGCAAGCAGUCUUGAUCCGAGACGCUGACUGAACGAUAAGGGACGGUGUAUAGUGCGCCCUCUAAUGGCACAACAAUUAGACCAGCAGGCCUACUCACACUUACGUAUUGGCCAUUUCGUUUCAUUGGUUUAACUUUUUCUCCUAGGCUUUCCUAAUGGAACCAAUCAGCAAUCGAAAAACUGUUCAAUGGCUCACCCGACGGUCGUAAACAUACGCCCUAUGCGUGCGGUGAUCAAGCAUGGAGCUAUAAAAAUGAACUGUGUUUGUUCGAAUUUGUACAGACGGUCUCAUUACAAAAAGUGGCCCUGCCCCCAUUGCUACGAAAUGUUCAAGAGGUAAGGGCGAGAACGUAAAAAAAAACCAAUUAUGCAAAGGCGUUACACAACAAUGCAACUAUCACUCUUGAUCACCGACGUCUAGGACCACGAGUACCAGCAACAACGCCUAAAGAAUAGUAUCUGCAAAAGGUCACCAGUUUUCAUGCAGUAAAACCUUUAAUAGCGACAAUUGUAUAGCAGAAACAGUGAAUCUUUGUCAUUUAAAUGAUGUAAAAGGCCUGAAGAUUAUUCAGUCAAUGCAAUGAAUUAUUAUCUACAGCAAUGUAUAGUGUAGAUAUCUUUUUGCACAUCAGUUAAUUGUUACAUUCUUAAAACUGUAAAUAGAAAGUGGAGCGAACGAAACUGAAGUGCACGUUUAACUUAAGUCUUGUUUCUGAUUUGUUACUGUAUAAAAUGUACCACUGUACAAUCAAGUUACAGUCGACUCUCGUUAAAACGAGCACGGUUAAGACGAGAUUUCCGUUAAGACGAGCAUAUUUAUAUAUUAAAGUCUGACCCGGAAAAUGCGUAAUGUGCGAGUACUCUGCACUCACUUCACUCAUGUUUUAUCAAAUGUGAAACAAAGAUGUUUGCUGGGUGACGGUCUCUAAGAUUUAUGUUUUUAGUUUUAGCCCUGAUUUGUUUAAAUUAAAAAAUAAAUUGGCUUUCCGGAUCUGAAAACGUUUAAUGAAGUAAUUAUAGGAUUUAUGCCUUAAAACUUUGAAGACCAACGUGGAAGCGGUCACGUAUUAAGAAAUUUAAUCUCGUACGAAAAUUUAAUAACAGUAGUGCAAAUUGAAAUUUAAAAAUUAAAUUUAGGCAAUCGGAUUACUUAAUUUGUGUCUGUGUUUAAUAUCGAGAUGAUGAAAUUUAACCAAAAGUGUACUCGAACCAAUAUGUUUCUAAAAAGAUAAAUUGUAGGCCUAUAGAAUUACGUGUUUGGCUUGCAGCCGUAGCAAAUACAGUCAAGCCCUGAUAAGAAGAGCAAUGUUAAUACAAGGUCCUGCUUAUAACGAGCAAAAUUGUAGGUCCCAAGUCUUUGUUUUUCAUUGUUCUCCUUUGUUUUCCAUUACUGAUAAUACAAGGUACCUGUUAUAACAAGGUAAUUCGUUAAGUCCCAAGGACCUUGUUAUGAAGGUGUUCGAUUGUAUAACCAAAAUUGUCUUUACAUCAAAAGGGCCAGUGCGAAGCAUGUUUGAGCAAAAACGGAAAUGUGCGAACAUGUUCUGUUUUUAUUUGUUUGAAAUAAAGCCUUACUGUGCACGGAAAGGAAAGUUCAUUCAAAAUGUAAUAGAUCGACCAUCGACAGAAUAUGGUUGCAGGUGUGAGUUACGCGUACAUUCAAGGAUUUUGUCAACUUCAAAGCCGAAUGAUUUUGUAAAUCAUAAUUUAAAUCUCCCGGUUGAGUGUUUACGAGUGUGUUCAAACCGAGCACUUAUUGGAAUUUCGAACUCAAUAUACGCCUAAGUAUGCUGAUGUAAUUAUACCGUAUAUACAGUCGAAUCUCGUUAGUACAAAUUCUGUUAAUACAAAAUUCUGGUUAUAACAAACAUAAAGCCUUAGUCCCUACUGUGUAUUUAUUUGCACAAUGAAUGAGACUGAUGUUCCUCUUAAUACAAAAUUCUGAUAUACAUGUAACAAACAAUUUGGCUAGGUCCGAGCGAGUUUGUAUUAACGAGACUCGACUGUACAUGUAAAUGGUCCUAGACAGAAUUAAACCUUUUGCGUUAAGGCGUAGUCAAGAGAACAAUGAUUUUAGUAUUGUCGGGAUAGGCAUUCAUUGGACAUUCACAUUAAAAUGAAAAAAAAAAAAACAUCUGA